AUGGCUUCAGAGAUCAAGGUUGAAGUCACUCACAAGGAAACAAUUAAACCAUCCUCUCCAACUCCUUCACAUCUUCAAAUUACCAACCUCUCUGUUUUUGAUCAGCUUUCUCCUGAUGUUUAUAUACCACUACUUCUCUUCUACCCCAACAAUAGUAGUGAUGAUGAUGAUGAGGUCAAUAAAAUUGAUCACCAUUCUUUGGUUGCUGAAAAAUCCAAGCUUCUAAAGGCAUCAUUAUCUGAAACCCUAACUCACUUCUACCCCUUUGCAGGUAAAUUCCAAUAUAAUGUUUCAAUUUCUUGCAAUGACCAUGGGACUGCAUUUUCUGAAGCUCAAGUGAACUGUCCCAUAUUGAAAAUUUUGGACAAACCCGAUUUUGGGAUCCUAAGAAAAUUGCUUCCAACUGAUAUAGCAUCCACACAAGCAGACACAGGCUAUCUUCUACUAGUCCAGGCCAACUUCUUUGAAUGCGGUGGGUUGGCAAUUGGAGUCAGCAGUUCUCAUAUCAUCAGCGAUGCCUAUACACUCAGGACAUUCAUUAAAAGCUGGGCUGAUAUUGCCCUAAUGGGCACCUUUACUACUGAUCGUCAUGCCGUGCUUCCCCAGAAAUUUGGUGCUGCAGCUACUCUUUUCCCACAACUAGAUUUCUUGAACUCAGCUCAACCUGCCGUGGAGUUUGCUGAAGAAAAGUGCAUAACAAAGAGAUUUGUGUUUGAUGCCUCAAAUAUUGCAGCUCUUAAGUCCAGAGCUGCCAGUGCCGCCUUGCCAAACCCAACGCGCGUUGAAGCAGUGUCGGCGCUUAUUUGGAAGUGUGUCUGGGAGGCAUCGAGGGUAUCAACCUCGGGUAUUGUGAGGCCAUCCGAGUGGUCUCUGGUGGUGAACAUAAGGAAAAUAUUGGUGCAGCAGCCAUUGGCAGAUGACUUGAUGGGAAAUCUUGUGGGGGUGUUUACAGUAAAAACGGAGGCAAGAGAAGUAGUAGAUAUUGAUGUUCAAAGCUUGGUUACCAAAUUGAGGAAAGGGGUUGAGGAGUUUAAAGCAAAAUAUGGAAAUGGAGUUAGUGGGGUGGAAGUAUGUCAUUUCUUUAAAGAGUUUAGGAACUUCAUGACAAGGGAUGCAGACAACUAUAACUGCAGCAGUUGGUGCAGGUUUCCUUUCUAUGAAACCAACUUCGGAUGGGGAAAUCCAUUGUGGGUGUGCCAGUGUAUAGGAGUGAAGAAUCUAUUUGUUUUGAUGGAUACAAGAAAUGGGGAUGGUGUAGAAGCGUCCCUGACUUUCAAUGAAGAAGUCAUGGCCGUGUUCGAAACCAAUAAGAACUUGCUCGAGUAUGCUUCUGUGAAUCCGGCUGUCAUUUAA